AUGAUUGUGAUGAACGUGGACUCUUAUUCGCGUUUGAGCUUUCAUUUCUCGGAAUACCUCUGUAUUUUGGGAAAUUUUCUGCGGGCUUUCGUAAGUUUCGCAUUGAUGUCAAUGAAAGAUACAGAAGUAAACAAUAUUCUGCGAAAACUUCAAGAACUUGAAGGUCGGCGCUUGUUGAAUGGGUCCUCCCAAGCCGCCCUUUUUUGGUCGUUGUUUCAUAUUAAUUUCUACCUAUGAUUUUUCUCUCUGUACUGCUUAAAUACCCGGAAAACUAUAUCUGGAGUGCAUGUUUGUGAAUAUCUAUAUUGCCUUGCCACAGAUAUCACUUUGUGAUCCGAAGUUGGAGAAGCUAAGCCAAAUUUUGCAUUUUUUUUUUCGGUGGUGAUUUGAAGUCGAGUUGGCUUGAUUUGGUGGACUGGUUUGUUUGUGUUGGACUGUUGGUGUAGUUCAUUGGGGAGGAGAGGGACGUAGUUUGUUAAAAUCUAAAGGAUAUCUGUAGAUUGCAUAGCUGAUGGGUGGGAAAGGUUCAAAGGGUACAGGUCGGAGACAAUUUUCGUCAUUUGGUUCAUCUUCAUUUAAUCAUCAUGGCUACUCGCAAUCACAACCCCAGGGAGGCCAAUACUAUCCGCAGUAUUACACGCCUCAGCAUCAUCUUGCACCUCCUCCUUACAACUAUGAAGCGCAAACACCUCAACCACAUCGCAAGUUAGAUAGGAGGUAUUCAAGGAUAGCUGAUGAUUAUACUACCUUGGAACAGGUCACUUCUGCUCUUGCACAUGCUGGCUUGGAGUCCUCUAAUCUCAUUGUUGGUAUUGAUUUCACAAAGAGUAACGAAUGGACAGGUACAAGAUCAUUCAAUCGGAGAAGCUUACAUCACAUUGGAAGUGGUCAAAAUCCCUAUGAACAAGCAAUAUCUAUUAUUGGGAAGACCUUAUCUGCUUUUGAUGAGGAUAACUUAAUUCCUUGUUUUGGAUUUGGUGAUGCUUCAACCCAUGACCAAGACGUGUUCAGUUUUUACCCAGAUGAAAGUUCCUGCAAUGGAUUUGAGCAAGUAUUGACACGAUAUAGAGAAAUAGUUCCUCAUCUUCGACUUGCUGGGCCCACAUCUUUUGCACCUAUAAUUGAAAUGGCCACAACCAUUGUUGAGCAAAGCGGUGGCCAGUACCAUGUUUUGCUGAUAAUUGCUGACGGGCAGGUGACAAGGAGUGUUGAUCUGCAGUAUGGCCAAGUCAGCCCACAGGAGCAGAAUACAGUCAAUGCUAUUGUAAAAGCAAGUGAGUAUCCCUUAUCAAUUAUUUUGGUCGGGGUUGGAGAUGGUCCUUGGGACUUGAUGAGGGAGUUUGAUGAUAACAUCCCUGCUCGAGCCUUUGAUAAUUUCCAGUUUGUGAAUUUUACAGAAAUUAUGUCAAAGAUUGCAGAUCGAUCAAGAAAACAGGCAGAGUUUGCUCUCAAAGCCUUGAUGGAAAUACCUUCUCAAUAUAAAGCAACAAUUGAGCUCAAUCUCUUGGGUAAUCAAAGAAGAAAUGCUGAAGUGAGGGUUCCUCUUCCCCCACCUCUUAGUGGUGUGGCUUCUUUCAGCAGCAACUCAAAACCUUACUGUAAAAGCACUUUUCAGCAAAGUGCACCGCCUUAUGCUGCACCAGACACAGCUCCAUCUUCAAGUUCUCUAUAUGACAGCCAGGUUUGCCCAGUUUGUCUAAGUAAUCCAAAGGACAUGGCCUUCGGUUGUGGACAUCAGGCUUGCUGUGAUUGUGGAGAGUACCUCCAAUCGUGCCCCAUCUGCCGAAGCUCAAUCAAAACAAGAAUAAAACUAUACUAAAAGGCCCAGAUACCUUAGAUUUGUGAAUUGUGGUUCAGUGAAAGCCGCACGAGUACCCACAGUUCAGGGGAAUGGAAAGUUAUCGCAAGGCAUUAUAAUGAGCAGUAACCAACCAUGUACAAAGAGGAGUGCGUGUUAUAUAACUGCUAGCCUGCCACCAAUUAACACAAGGGCUUUGAUCAGAAAUGGGCAAAUUCCUUUACUUUGUUUGGAGGCAUGGGUCUUCACUCGUGAGACCUUUGGAUCUAACCAAAAAUUCAUUAAAAUGAUAUUAAAUUUUACAGUUCCAAAUCCAAGAUUGGAUUUCAGUGGAGCUGGCUGCUGAAGGAUUGGAUUCUUUUAUUUAUUUAUUUUUCUUUUUGUUGGGAAUUGCGUGGGUGAGAGUUUGUAAAUUCUUGUGGGGUUGAUGGAUUCUUUUUGUCGCAGAAUUUCUUGAUUUUUAACUUUGAAUAUUUUUGCUUUGGGUUAA